UGUCAAUCAAAAUAGACGAAAAUGUUAUUCAAUCAAUGAAUGCACGUCGUGUUUGUGUCGGCUAAUUCUAAAAUAAAAUAAAAAUAGUAAAACAUAAGUGAAGUUGUGAACUAAGUUUUGUAUUUGUUAAGGAUACAGAUAUCAGUGUAUAUUUUGUUUAUUAAUUUGUAACUUUUUACAUAACCGGUAACCAUGAGGAUAUAUUUGUUAAAAAGUGUGUCGCAAGCGAUAGGCGCGAGAUUUUAUUCCACAGCUAAGAAUUACAAAAAGGUGACCCACUGUAUUUUCGACAUGGAUGGACUCCUGCUAGAUACGGAAUUGGUGUACAAGAAAAUGAUAACACAGCUUUGUGCAAAGUAUGGUCAUGAAUACACAAAUGAGUUAAUGAUGAAGGUACUAGGAGGUACUGAGCAGCGGUUGUCGGAGAUCCUUUGCAAGGAAUUGAACCUUCCUAUCACCCCCAAGGAGUUCAGAGACCAGUUAUUAGUGCUCGGAGACACUAUGUUAGCCAACGCACCUUUAUUAGACGGUGCGGAAAGAUUAAUACGACACUUACACAAAACGAAGACACCAUUCGCAUUAGCUACAUCGUCCAGCGCCCGCUCUGUAGACACGAAGAUCGCGCCGUACAAGGAGCUAUUCUCGUAUUUCAAUCAUAUGGUCAUGGGCAGCACCGACAAAGAUGUGAAAUUCGGGAAACCACAUCCCGAUAUAUUCUUGGUAGCUGCUGCCAGGUUCCCUGAUAAACCUGAUCCUUCUAAGUGCCUUGUGUUCGAAGACUCGCCUCACGGCGUGACAGCGGGCGCGGCCGCCGGCAUGCAGACAGUCAUGGUCCCGGACCCACAUCUCGACAAGAGACUGACGACACACGCCACCAUCGUACUGCCCACACUAGCCAAGUUCCAACCUGAAUUGUUCGGCCUACCCGCCUUUUAGUGACGGUAGUUUGAUAUUUUUAUUGUGUGCAGUACUUUUGAUGUAUAGAACAAGGCAUCUCGUAGAUAAUUACUGAUAUUUUUACUUGUAAUAUACUACUGUCAGUUAGCCAGAACAUUAAAAAGUUUUCAGUUAUAGAGCCGGACUCAUAUCUAGAUUAGUAGGUUGUAGUGUCGUACUACCCUCAUUAUCGAAGUUCAAACUGGCUUUAAGUGACGGUAGUUGGAUAUACCGUGUGCGGUUCUAUUGAUGUUUGAUCUGGAUAUAAAAGAAGACGUAUAUCACGUAAACGUAAUAUAUAUAUCGUUGUUUUUGUUAACGGUUGCUGCACCUGUUGAUUAUACCAGCGACUAAAUUAACACCUAUACUGCCAAUUUUGUCCUAUUAUCUACCUUAAGUCUUAAAGCGUCGCCGUUCGUAGAGUAACGUCCAAAACCAGUUUUUUUCUGUAGUUGGUUACCAAACAGUAGACUAAAAAAAAAAGAAGUAAUCAGAUAUUUAUCGGCCAGUAAUAAAAUGACUACCUACUCGACAAAUGUAGAAUAUCGAAUAUUAUUAUAUUUUUAUAUCGCUUUUCCUUCUUAUAAUUAAGUCUAAAAACUAGUUACUAGAUGUUUAGAAAUGCAAAUGUUUUUAUUAAGUACAAAAUAUACCACAAGAUAAACUUCCUGAAAUAACUGUAAUAUACAAAACAUUAUAUGCUAAAAGAUAUUAGGUACUUAAUUUAUUAGACGUUGUAAAAUAUACAAUGCAAUGUAACAACGAAUUAAAAACUCUUGUAAGAAA